AUGGGUCGCAAGCCCAACCAACUGAUCCUCGAAUACUUCACGCGUGGCCCCAAGUUGGAGGACGCGAGCAACCGCUAUCAACAUACUUGCAAAGCAUGUGGUGAAAAAUUCCCCAAAGGCCGCAUCGACAGUCUUACCACCCACUUAGUGAAGAAGUGUCAAGCGCUGUCCAUGUCCGCUCGCCAGUCCAUUGUCAUGCGAAUUCAUGAUCUGCCUGCCCUCGACGACUCAGACCCCAACAAAGCGGCAAUGCUGGCCAAGAUCCAAAAAGCAGGAAAGGCUUCUGAUUUACCAUACUCGACGCGACCAGCUUUUGAUGGACUGAAUGUGCUAGCUGAGGCGUCAAGACGUGUUGGAGCUUCUGACCAGACUAAAAGGCGUGGUGGUGCCAUCCGUUUCACACAGCCAAUGACUGUUGGCGGCAAGACGAUCAUGAUUGACCCUGCCCUCGAGGCUGAGGCGUUCCACCCACCCCCAACAGAUAAUAAUGACGACUUGAUUCUCGCUGGUGUUGCUGCUGCUGCCGCCUCUCUUUCUGCAAAUGAAGAGCGAGGUCCAUCUGCUUCACCUUCUCUACAACACAACGACACUCUUCAACCUGACGCAAAUCCUGACGAGCGUCAAUCCUCAUCACAGCUUUCUUUGAUUGCAGCCUCUGCUAGUGAAAUGGCUUCACAAAGUCUUGCAAUGGGCAGUGAACUGACAGAUGAGCAACAUGUUGGGUCAUCUUGGACUGACCACCAGCUGUCCAGCACUGAUCAAUUCCUACUUGACAGCUUGCAGGGCCAUGAUCCCACACUAACAGCAACGCAACGCGCAGCAUCAUACCCACGGCCUAUUGCUAUGAAUCCAAAUACCACCCCGACCAAGGGUUUUGUUAAUGAUUUUGGUUCCUCACGCAAGCCACAAAAACCCAAGGUUCGUAGUAGAUUCAGUGCAGAUCGCAGAAAGGAAGUUCAAGAAGUGCGCAAGAGGGGUGCUUGUAUUCGCUGCCGCAUGCUUAAGAAGCCUUGUUCUGGAGAUAGUCCCUGUCAAACCUGUGCUUCUGUUGAGAGCGCUCGUCUUUGGAAACAGCCAUGUAUUCGGACACGUCUAGUUGAAGAGUGUGAGCUCUAUGGUGCUGGUCUUCACACAACUCUUGCCUUUCACGAUGUCAAUUCUAUGCAAACCCAAACUAAAUAUGAGAGCUAUGUUGGCCGUGUGGAAGCUGCACAUUUUGACGACGCCCCAUUCUAUGUGACCUUCAGCGCACUCAUUGGUCAGAAAGCUGGCAUGUCACCCAUUGAUCCUCAACUGCAAGCCCUAGUCGAGGACGGCCAGUUCCAAGGAUCCACCCAGGACCUGUACAUGUUGGACGGGGAUACAGACGAUCUUCCUGGAAAAUGCGAGCUGUAUAUCAAAAGGCUACAGUCUACUUUUAUCGAGCACGAGACUUCACCGAUCAUCAAGUCGACACUAACGUUAGCAGCACACUUGGCAGAUGAAAAAAAGGAUACUCUCCUCGACCGCGUAGUGGAGCUAUGGCUUGUUACACAUGUCCUUGUUGACCUAGAGUUACAGUGGAAGCUCUUUGUUCACCCUCUCCUACCUCCAACCUCGGUGGACACCUUAGCUAUGCCAACUGAAGAAGGCCGUGUUCCGAUCGAUCGUACUGCCAAUGCCGAUUCCUACAACCUCAUAUGCAGUCAACUUCGAGCGGCUGUUGAAAAGCGCGCCAGCUUAUUGAGCAAGAAUGUUAUGAAUGAACUUGAACGUCGACUUUUGCAACGCCACCACAGUUGUUGGUUUGAGACUUUCCUGGUGUCUGUGAUCCUUCUUAACUGCGUUGAACGUGCCUGUUGGCUCUUUACCAGCUGGGAGAAUGAAGACUUUGUUGGACGUUGGCCUUUGGAUAAACGCCCGCAAUAUUAUGCCAAUCAAGGAGACAGGUUUUCCGAGAUUCUUCAUAUGCUCCUACGAAUGCGCGGACUGCCUCCAAAGACAACCAUCAACGCCGAGACUGGAUUGCUUAAAGCAGUAGAGAACAGCGACCCUAAUGCCAUUCUCUGGUUUGAUACUAUUCAAAUUUCACCCUUGUACUUGGAGCAACGUCAACUGGCCCAAUUCGAUCCCACCGACUCGCGGUCUCUGGAUCUGAAGUUCGCUUCCAAGAUCCUUUUGCCACCACCAACUGCCUGA